AUGGACUGUAGCUGCCAGGUUCUGUCCAUGGACUCCAGGCAAGAAUACUGGAGUAGACGAGAUAGCAUUACUGUCUCCACUUGUCCCUACUGUAAAGAUGGAAACAGAGACUCAGGGCUGAAAACGGGCUACUGGAAACAAAGACUCCUUCCAGGUCUCUUCACUGCCCAUUAUCACAUCUUGAUUGCCUUCUGGGACCUUCCUUCCAAGACAGUGGCCUUCCCUCCAAGCCAACCUUUCUGGCACCAGGGCACGGCUUCGUGGAAGACAGUUUUCCCAUGGUCAGAGUUGAGGGGGAUGGUUCAGAUGGUAAUGGGAGUGAUGGGAGAGGCAGAUGAAGAUGCAUUGGCUUGCCAGCCACUCACCUCCUGCUGUGCAGCUCUGGUUCCUAACAGGCCACCACCUGGGGGUGUUGGGGAUCCCUGCUCCAAGGUCGUGUCCCCUUAUUGCUUUGCUUGCACAAGUACCGCUUUUUUUUUUUUAAUUAUUUAUUUAUUUUGGCUGUGCUGGGUCUUAGUUGCAGCUCAUGAAAUCUUCCCUGCGGCAGGUAGGAUCCAGUUCUCCAACCAAGAAUGA